ACUGCCAUUGAGUGUGAGGGUAAGGAGGCGGGAAAUGGCGUCUGGAGGUACCGCGCACAGUCGGACAAACGGUGCCUGAACAUAGCCGUGGAAAGGUGGCCAGAGACAGCGGCCGUCCUCGGCACGGUGACCGAACAGCUAAGGGUAUCCUCAUAUCUCAUCAAAGAGAUACUUUGGAGUUUUGCAAAUCUUACAUGUGACUGUUAACAUCAUGAGGCUGAGAAUGCGCAAGGCUUCUCAGCAGACAAGUCCCACCCGCCCAUCACGGCAGAAGCGGAAGCACUCCGAGGUGGAUGAGUGUCCUGCCGGGGGCAAGGGUCUGCUCUCCACCAUCAAGAAGAUCAUCAGAGGCAACGCUGUCAAGGUCGAGCAUGAGAACCCGGCCAAGAGAAGUCGCCUGAGCUGUGACCUCAUCACGUCCACGCCGCAGACGGGCAACCUGCCAAAGAAGAGCAUCACCAGGGUGCGAAGGAGAGGCUCCGUCAACGGAGAAGCAACAAACCAUGACACGAGUAAAGGCUCUAAGCCGAAUGGGAAACUGGAGGAGGCGGGCGACACGGUCACCAGUCCGCCCCGCACCACCCUCCUGGACACCAUCUUCUCCCCUGUCUUCAACUACUUCUCACCAGCAAACAAGAACGGCACGUCUGGCUCUGACUCCCCAGACCAGGCGGUGGAAGCGGAGGAGAUCGUGAAGGCCCUGGACAUGGAGCAGGGCUGAGACCCCACCAGCACCGCAAGCAUACCUCCCCGAGGUCGUCCCGAUCCUCUACCCCUCCCUCCCGCCCCGGCACCCGCCCCCGCCGCCCUGCAUCCAACCCCCCUCCGGCCCCCACCCCCCGCAGACGAGCCCCCAGAGGAGGCCGAAAUCGCCGUAGACACGGACUUGCCCCCCCUCACAGCCCCAGACACAGUCCCGGAGGUGGCCUACGUGGAGGUCCCUGCCACCGUCCCACCAGAGGCUUCCUAUGAGGAGGACUGGGAGGUCUUUGACCCGUAUUUCUUCAUUAAGCAUGUGCCCCCUCUGACUGAGGAGCAACUGACGCGUAAGCCGGCUCUGCCUCUCAAGACCCGCAGCACUCCCGAGUUCUCCCUGGUGCUCGACUUGGAUGAGACGCUAGUACAUUGUAGCCUAAACGAGCUGGAAGACGCAGCACUUACCUUCCCUGUCCUCUUCCAAGACGUUAUAUACCAGGUGUAUGUGCGGUUGAGGCCGUUCUUUCGGGAGUUCCUGGAGAGGAUGUCACAGAUUUAUGAGAUCAUCCUCUUCACAGCCUCUAAGAAGGUGUACGCAGACAAGCUGCUCAACAUCCUCGACCCCAAGAAACAGCUGGUUAGGCACAGGUUGUUUCGGGAGCACUGUGUGUGCGUGCAGGGGAACUACAUCAAAGACCUGAACAUCCUUGGGAGGGACCUGUCCAAGACCAUCAUCAUCGAUAACUCCCCGCAGGCCUUCGCUUACCAGCUGUCUAAUGGCAUCCCAAUCGAGAGUUGGUUCAUGGACAGAAAUGACUGCGAGCUUCAGAAGUUGGUCCCUUUCUUGGAGAAACUAGUUGAGCUGAAUGAGGAUGUACGACCCCACGUAAGGGAGCGAUUCCGUCUCCACGACCUGCUCCCACCGGACUAAAACCCCUGCCUCUAACGGACCCUCUCUGACGGACACGAAGUAAUAAACACAAACAAACAACUCUAACCACAACAGACCUGUACAAAGGAAACAAACAUAAAAAAAAAAAAAAGCAAACCGAUUCUGGAUUCCGACCACAGCGUUGCCGUUGCUGUUGAAAUUUUACUGUUUUUUAAUUUUUUUUUGUAGUCCCUCAUUUGUUUUUAAAACAGAACGCAUUUGAAAGUAACAAAAAGAGAAUUUUGUGUCAACACGCUGUUAACUUAGUGACUUGAUUGAUUGAUUGAUGGGGUUACACCCCUCCCACUUUCCUCCCAUUGACCUGUAUAAAUGCAGUCAGUCAGAGGAAGGAAAACUCAUUUUCCCACAAUCCCCUUCACCCCAUCAGAGGUUUGGAUGAAGUGAAUGUGUAAAGGUCUGGAGGGAGAGCUGGAGGAGAAGAACGUGGACGCCGCCUCUUCUCUCCCAAGCUCUUCUCCUCGCAUGGCCUGCCAUGCCUCUCCAGCAACACCCCACUUUCAACAGGAAUGGCCAGUACUGCAAAGGAACACCUAUGUGUGUGUGUGUGUGUGUGUGUGUAUAUGAGUGUGUGUGAGAGAGAGUAGUAUGUGUGUGAGUGAGAAAAAGCGAGAGAGAAAGUGAAAACAGCCUUUAUUCUUGUAAUGGUUCUGUUGAUAGUAAUUUGAAACUGCCCCCCUCCCCCCAGCAUCGUAUAAUGCAUUCCUGUAACUGUUUCAUUUACAUGUAUGGUAUUCUUGUGUCCUGGUCAGUGUUGAAGCUCCAUGUAUUCUAGCGUCGUUGUUUUCCUUCCAUCUGUUAGCCUACAGUGUGUCUGCUGAUGGUUGCACAAGAGGACUCUGUCUUUCUUUUAAGAGAAAAGAAUGAGAGACUUAACAUUAACAGAGAGCUGUGCUUGUCUGGCUCUGAAGUAGCAAAUUUGUUGACAGGGUUAAAGAUUGUAUGUGUUUAAACCAUCCCAUUAUUAUAUUAUUAUUAUUAUUAUUAUUAUUAUUAUUAUUAUAUAUAUAUAUAUAUAAUUUUUUUUUUAACAACGAAUGAAGUCAAAUUUAUAAAAUUGAUUUUGUUAGUUAAUUGUGAACAGAACGACCUCUGAGGUUUUUCCUUCUUGUAUAUUAACCCUCCCUUAAAUCUCCACUAAAGAGAUUAAUGAAUUGCCCGGCCAUUUGGCCAAGUCAUCUUUUCUGAUCUUGUUGAUGUAAUUGUAACGAUAGUAAUAAUGGCAGUGAUGUGUAGAGGUGAUGGUGUAAAAAUGGCUCAACGGUUGUUAGUCCUCCUGAAUGUGGUCCUUGGACUUGGCCCAGUGUGUGAUAGAUCUCUACCAGGCAGGCUGCACCAGACAGGGAGCUGAGGUGUUCCACUGUAAUCAGUGGAAACUGGCUACACCAGACGUGACGACAGCACGGAAAGCGCUCCAGCGAACGGAGCGGUUCACUUGUGCACCCGGUGUAAUCCGGCUGUAGGCAUAUGAAAGGGAGAUCUGACUGGCCCACCCCCAUAGUUUUGCAGCAGAAGGAGGUGUAUAAAUCCGCUGAACACCUAUGUAGCACACCUUUCCCUUUUCUCUCCCACAUCCUCUCUCUCCCUCCUCUUGCUCAUCCGGUUUCCUCUCUUUCACUGUCGUUCUCCAUGUCUGGUUCUGUCUCUCCCAGUCUGUUCCUCUCUCCCCUUCGCCAUCACCACAGCCUCACUCGCGGGGUGUGCUACGAAGUGAGGUGGCCGGCUUAUCUCUGAUCUCUAAAAAACCAAAAACACUGGAUUGAUAGUAGCCAUGGUUUCAAAAGUGAAGUGUUUUUUAAGUUACCUUGAUAUGAUAUAUAUAUAUACACACACACACACACACACACACACACACACACACAUAUACACCCCAGUGGUUACACCUGAAGUUACCUGGAUAAGCAGGUAACCUCGUUUCGUAGCGCAGCCCUCUGGUGUUAAAUGGUUGGGAGUAUUCUGGUCCCUCCAAAGGGCGUCGGACCUUGUAUGUAGCCGAACACAUCGCAAGAGCGACUUGCUUGAGUGGUCAAAACUAGAUCACCGUGGUCAAACUCAUGACGGCGGUUUAAAAGCUGCCUCUCGUAGUUCUGUUUUUAUUUUAUUUUUGUAUUUUUUUUUAAUGGAUCUUAUUCUGUGGACUUACAUGUUAAUGUUAAAUGCCUUGGUUUAUACAAAAAAAAUAAUGCAGUUGAAAGUAUUGUGCUAAGCAUCUUCUUGAUUGAAUGUGCGACUCUGGUCAACUUUGUGGGUCUGAGGGAGAGAAAACGGUUAAACACACAUGUUAAGGAGGCGGGAAAAAAAGACCACUUUAUAUGAGGUUUCCACUCCUGACCCCCUCACCAUCUCCAGGGCCAUGGACACUUUAUGGCAAACAGACCUUUGUCCUUUGUACAAAGAGGGGGAAAAAGAAAAACAGAUGUGUACCUGUUGUAGCUUCUCUCUCUCUCUCUCUCUCUCUCUCUCUCUCUCUCUCUCUCUCUCUCUCUCUCUCUCUCUCUCUCUCUCUCUCUCUCUCUCUCUCUCUCUCUCUCUGUCUCUCUGUCUGUCUCGCUCUCUCUCUUCGCACUGCCUUGCCUGUGUGUGUAGUGAUGGGCCUUACGCUCGUCUCCUCCGCCUGUUCUGAGUAGAAUCAUGUUCAUGGUGCCAUUCUAGUCCUCCUCCUCUUUGGCGGCUCACAGCCCACCGUCUCCUGUGUCUCCAAGAGCCCUGGCCUACAUUGUUGGGAGGAUUUGCUCAGGCGUUGAGGGAGUGGACAGAGUUGUUAGGGCAGCUGUCCCUUACACCAUGUAUGUCCCCUCAUGGACAAAGAUGAACUUGUUACAUGUAUGUUUUUAUCUUGUCAUAUUAACUUUAUAUAUAUUUUAAUUUUCCUUUUAUUUUUUUGUAACUUGUAUCUGUAAAGUUGGUUAAAAAUGCAUACUAGCAGAGGGUGGACGUCUAUGGAACUUCCACGACUAGUUUGGGUAUUCCAGGGUUCCAGAACACCGUUGCUGAGCAACGGCAGGAGUGGUCCCCUGGAUCUACCUCCUGCCUCGGCCAAAGCAAAGCCCUCACUGAGUCAGAAGAUCAACAGACAGCUCGGUCCCAAGGAUCCCGGUUUGGAAUGCAGGCUUCCCCUCCAUUCUUUCAUGUGUAAAGACUGCAAAAAAACCUUCACUGCGCCAUACAUGGAAAGCUAUGUUGUCCAUGUGGGGGGGGGGGGGGGGGGAGAGAAAGAGAGACAAAAACUACACAGGACUGGCUCCACCAUCAGCCCUGACCACCCAGUAUCCUCUUCUGCGAGGACGUUGGGCAACUAAUAAUGAUCAUGACGAGAUUAUGCAAAUGUGUGAGAGCCAAGCCCUGUAGCCAGCA